CAAUUUUGGCUUGUUUCGGUGACGCCAAAAUGUUAUCCUUAUGAUAUCGCAUUUAUUCUAGAUUAGAUUAGAUCUAAACGACUAUAGAUCUAGAUGCAAGAUCUAGACUAGAUCUAUAUUCUUGAGUCUAGUACAGAGUUUUAUCUAUUAUUUUCUGAUGAUAGAUGUUUUAUGUGUGUCUGAAUAAUCAGUUUGAUCUAAUGAUUCUGAAAAGUGAAAGCAAAACUUGGACAAACAAUGCAACAGUCAGGAUAGAAAAAAUGUGAAUAUUUGUAGAUCUAGUAAAAGCUGAUUCUUGUUUCUUCAUCAUUGUGUUAUACUUUAAUUUGUGAUUUCUCACUUGGACAAUAAAAUGAAAAUUGGAAAUGGGAAAAUAGAUACAGAAGAAGACGUAGAACAAUAUGGGGGAGAAAGUGAUAAAAGUUCAGAUGAAGACUCUCAUACAUGCUCUACAGAAGAAAUUGAAGAAGACCAAGAAGAUGAAUCUCAGUCAGAUAUUGAUGAAGCUGAAUGUGAGAGAAGGCGCCAUGAAUACUUGGCUGAUAUGUCAGAGCUGGAGAAACAGUUUUGUGAGCUUAAGGAACAGUUAUACACAGAACGAUUGCAACAGAUAGAUGCCAAAAUUAUUGAGAUUCAAAACAACAAAGCUGUAGAAUACCUGCAUCCUUUAGCACAACUAGAAAAACAGUUGGCCAUGAAGAAAAAAGUCGCAGGUAUAAGAAGAGAUAUGUCACUAAACAGCAUCAAGCAAAAAUUUGAAAGUGAAGAGCUUGCGGCUUUUCAACAUAUGGAGAGUGAGAAAGUGUUGCUUUAUGACACCAUAAAGCAGGAAUUACAAGACAAGAUCAGGCGCCUUGAAGAGGAUAGGCAUAAUAUUGACAUUACUUCAGAUCUCUGGCAAGAAACACAAACAUUAAAGAAGAAAAAGAAAACUGAUCCUCUACAUCCGGAUAGAAAAAAGAAACCACAAACUGUCACUGGUCCAUAUAUAGUGUAUAUGAUACGAGAAGCUGAUUUGAUGGAAGACUGGAUGGCAGUUAAAAAGGCAAUAAAACAACAGUCACAAAAGAGAAAGGCUGAGUUAUGACACAAGACCUAAUCACUGUUGAUGCCCGGUACAAGAUGUCUGUCUUAUGUGUUCCAUGCAUUUGUUUGCCUUGAUGAGCUGCAUCACCAUUUGACUCAGUCUUUAUUCACCCCUCAUCAUUUUGUUUUUUUACAAUCUUGUGUGCUGGUUCUGUGGUCCAAAUCUUUGUGGUUCUGGUCUGUUUAUGGGAAUCUGUUCAACUCAUCUUCUUUUAUGUUGUGAAUGAACAUAAAAUGUUUUCACUUUUGAUACUUAUGAUAUAUUUGUUGAUUUCAAUAGAUAACUUUGUAUUGUUAAACACUUUGACUAAAGCACAGUCAUACCAAUGUUAACCAAACAAUAGUUUAUUUUUCUGAAGACAUGGAGGCCUAACCAUUUUACUUUCUAUUUUUAUUCUAUGUAAUCUCUAAUUUAAUUUUAAUUUUUUCAUUGUUUCUGUCAUGUUUUUAAUGUAUGCAUAAAUUUACUAUGAAUGGUUUUCAUUGGUUCUUACGCUGAUAUAUAUUUUUUGUGUUUUUUUAUGAUAAAGUAAUUAAGCAGGGACCAAACUUAGCCUUUCUAGUAAUUUUUAUCUAGUAAAUAUGCAAUCUAUGCUGCACAAAGGAGGAAGCCACUCAGCUACUUUCCUCAUGAUAAUCUUGGUCUUUUAAAAAUUUUUUAAUACAUUUCUUUAAUUACAGAGUUGAAUUUAGAAACUUUUUAAAUGACAUGGUUAAAGCGAGACCAAUCGUUAUAGAAGGGCUGGACACUGACCUGCAACGUCAUAACCUAUGGGCACUUUUGACCAAUAGCUCGUUGCCACAUCGCACAGACCAGUGAUGUUGCAAUGAGCUAUUGGUCUAAACUGCCCACAGGUUGUGACAUUGCAGGUCAGUGUUCAGGCCUUCUAUAACAAUUGGUCUCGUUUUAAAGCCUGCCUCUUACUUUUCUUAGCCACUGGUGCCAUAAACAAUUUGGCUAGGUUCUAGUACUCUUGGUAAGGAAUGUGUAUGACAGUUCAAGAUUUGAUUUAAAUGUUCAUGUAGUCAUCUCCAUUCUAAUGGCUGAGGGGAAAAUUCACAAAAUGUUCACAAUUUGUAAACAUUUUUUUUAUUAUUUCACAAACUAACAAGCUACCAAUAAAACAUGUUUUUUUAA